AAUCUGCAGCAGAGAUUCACCGGAGCGUGGUGCGGCGGUGGCUGGGCUUGCAAGGCGCGAUCCGACAGGGAUUUCAGCAGCCCAGAGCUCCGAGAAAAAGAGAGAGAAGGAGAGAACCACACACCGAGACGGCUUAACCGUUUACCUGAAUUAAAUAUAUAUAUAUAUAUUUUAAAAAGAACUGUUGAGUUUUAUCAUUUUCGUUAAGUGACCGUGCGCAGCGCUAUAACUGCAGAAUGGGGAAACAAAAUAGCAAACUGGCCCCCGAAGUCAUGGAGGACCUGGUGAAGAGCACGGAGUUCAACGAGCACGAGCUGAAGCAGUGGUACAAAGGGUUCCUCAAGGACUGCCCGAGCGGGAGGCUGAACCUUGAAGAGUUCCAGCAGCUCUACGUGAAGUUCUUCCCUUAUGGAGAUGCCUCCAAGUUCGCGCAGCAUGCCUUCCGAACCUUUGACAAGAACGGGGAUGGCACCAUCGACUUCCGGGAGUUCAUCUGUGCCCUGUCCAUCACCUCCAGGGGCAGCUUCGAGCAGAAGCUCAACUGGGCCUUCAACAUGUACGACCUGGACGGCGACGGCAAGAUCACCCGGGUGGAAAUGCUGGAGAUAAUCGAGGCUAUCUACAAAAUGGUGGGCACUGUGAUCAUGAUGAAAAUGAAUGAGGAUGGCCUUACGCCCGAGCAGCGAGUAGACAAGAUUUUCAGCAAGAUGGAUAAGAACAAGGAUGACCAAAUUACAUUGGAUGAAUUCAAAGAAGCUGCAAAGAGCGACCCUUCCAUUGUAUUACUUCUCCAGUGCGACAUUCAGAAAUGAGCUGAUGUCAAUGCUAUGGACUGCACAAAAGUCUCAAUGUUCCAUUCAGUCUGCAGCUAUUCACACACACACACACACACACACACACACAAAUAUUGCUUGGACUACCUAUCAAGGGACUUGCUUCUUGUGUUUGAAACACUUGUGUGCAUGAGAAUGUCAUUUGCUAAUGAAUUUUAAAAGCAUAUAUUAUAAAACAAGACAAACAACCUGCCACAAUGUGAUAUGUGUAAUAUCAUUUCAUUAAAAAAAAAUCCUCCUCCAAAGGCUGGGCAGAAAUGUGCUGCAAAGAGCUAUAUGAUUUCUUGUACCUGUUUUGCUAAUGCUCGUGUCCCCUUGAUUACAUAAUGUUAGUAGCACUGAGACCCCCAUGGUAAUGUAACUUAACUACGAACUGUGUCACUAUUCUCUUGUAAAAUAGUACUGGACAGACACACAGACGGGCCCUUGGCUCCUGCGUCUGGUCCACACAUAAGCGCUUGUAUUAUCGGUGAAUAUAAAUGUACUACAUUUGCAUGCCUUUUGGGUUUGCCUUAAUUCUUACCUCAUUUGCAUCCUAUCAAUCUGGAAAGAGCUGUUUUGGAUGAAUGCAAUAUAAAACUUUAAAAUCCUGCUAAAUGACUCACUAAGUAUAUCUAUCUAUAUAUACAUAUAAAACAAAGAUAUUAUUUAUUGAAAGUAAAAAAGAAAAGAUGGAAAUGUAUUGAUUUUUGCUUGUUUUCAAAGGCAUUCAAAAAGGUGGUAAUAGAUGUCCCAAAUAAAUUUAUAACAUUUGAUUUCCCCCAAUUACUGCUUUGUAAUUUUAAAUUUGAAACUGAUGUUCAUUAUUGUAAUUGUUAGCUAACAACUUACUAAAUCCACCCUUAAACCUGCACCUUUGGAAUUUAAAGAAUUAAUGCCAACAAAAGGGAAAAACCAACCUGCCAACUUUUCAUCCAGGCUCCUCAUUAAGGGACAAUUAAUGUGGCAUGUAAUGUUUAAAGAAAACAGAAGACUUGUUCAUUCUGAAAAAUUGCUCAUUAUAUGACAAUAAACUUUAUCUCAGUG